AUGAGUCCUUCUCUAGAGUUGGUCGCUGAUUUUUCAUUGUUGUCAGACCAUGCUAUGCUGUCAUUCUUUAUAAAUCGUUUUCAAGACAUAUUCAGAUUAGUCCUUCUGUCUAAAAUUUUCUUUUUAAGCAGCAUUACAAAUGUCAAUCAUCCUAAUGCGAUAAAUAAUAGCGCCAAGGAUUUAUGGAAAGGGUUGACUUACGAUUAUCAGGAACAUGUUACAAUUUCUUCUAAUGAUUCGUCUGGCAGGUCAGAUAAUUCCAAUGAGGCUGAUAUACGAAAGAAAUUAUACAUAGAAGACUUGACGACAAGAAAGGACGUGUAUGGAUUAUGUGAAAAUCGACUAACUGCUAAAGAAUUAUAUCAAACCCUACAUAAAUUAGACAUCGAAAGACAUCAAACAAAUAGUGAUAUUCAAAUUCAAAUGCAAAAGUAUAUAAGUGUUAGAGUAGAUAAAUUAAAUUGCAAUUCAAAUGAUAAUCAGUUUAAAAUUACUCAAACGCAUUCUCAAGCAAUUUACACUACUUUAGAUAGUUUACAAAUUAACGAUGAAG